AUGGCCAAGAAGAUCCAGGAGUCGAAGGAGAAAAAGGCGCUCAAGGCUAUGUCCGGGACAAGGAAGGACAAGAAGAAGUGGGGAGACGGAAAGAAGAAGGAGGAGGUGCACAGGGCUGUGACUGUGAGCGAGGAUGUUCUGUCGAAGGUGCGCAAGGAUGUUGGGCGUGCGAGUGUUGUGACGCGGUAUGCUGUUGGGAGCAAGCACAAUCUGAAUCUCGGGGUUGCUGAGAAGAUACUUGAGCACCUGAGUUCUGAGGGGGUGAUUGAGAAGGUGCGAGGGAAUGGCCGGAUAACCAUAUAUGCCGGGCGCAGCACUCAGGAGCAAUGA